UCAGCGAGCUCCAUGACGUAACAUCACCGUGGCGACGUUGAUAUACUGUGCCUAAAGUGUCCCGGAAAGUUAGCUGCGACGAUUGUAUUGACUUUUCGGCAAUAAUCAGAUAUCUUGUGAUUACAGUUUUAUUAAGGACUCACUAACUUCUUAAAUUUUUACGAUGGCCAGCCGAAGUUAUCCGGCUAAUACGCAGAUUCAGAAGUUUUUAGAAGAGUCCUACAAUAAGGAGAGGGACGUUCGUUUAGCAUGGCAUGCCAAACUGGGCCCUAAGGAAGGUGGGAAAUCGAAACAAUUUGAGGUAUUCAGGCGUAAAAUUGAAAACGAAUCGAAACCUGCUGAUGGCUUCUUGUCCAAAGUGCCCAAGGAUGUUGUUGAGCCACGGUAUAACAAGAAGAUUAAGAACUUCGAUGAUGAAUUAGCUGCAAAAGGGUCCAACCAGGUUCUGAGCGCUGAAAUGAGGCCAGUAUCCGGACAUACAAAAGAAAAGUUAUAUGAUGGCUUCACAAAAGAGGGUAAAGGUCGGUACCAGUACCUGUCUUCAAGGUAUGAAAAGAAUCCUGAGGACAAAUUCUCAUUCCCUCUGUUGAGCUCAUGGGAGUAUGGUUGGCGUUUGAGUGAUGUGAUCCGAAAGGAGGACAUUAAAAAACCCAAGAAUGGACGUACCCGUAUUGUAGCUGACACAUUUUACACUCGGACUGGAAUACCUUCAAGCACAUAGACUUGUUGUGUUUUGAAAUAUAUUUUUUUAAAUAAGCAAAAGACCAUUCACACAUUUUUUAAAUAAGGUUUGCUUUUUGAUAUAGACUUUAACUACAAUUGUUAAAUAAAUAUAACAUGCUUUCAUACAUGGUUUGCACAACAAUAUUUUUCUAUUAAAAAAUGCAAAUAAUGUUGAGCAGUAUUCAGUUCAGUGACCUUUAUUGGAGUGUUAAGAUUUCAUGUGUGGGUCUAUACAAAUUGCCUUUCCUUUGUAUUGGUAUUAUAUAAUUCAAUGAAUAUAUGCUUCAGUAUUAUUCUUUUAUUGAUUGUUCCUUGCAUGCGUUUUUAUAACAAUCUCAAAUUUAAUCUGUAAGCUUUUCUUGAGAUUACGGAUUUGUUUUGUUCCUUGCUCACUGCUUUAGCCUUUGUCCUAUUUAUUCGCUCAAUGUAUUGAUUAGUUUAUAGAUUUAACCAAAUGGCUGGUUUGUUGUGGCGUGAUUGUCAUUGUUCAUUGUUAUAAUUAUAUUAUUUCAUGAGACGAGAUGUUUUAUGAAAAAGCAUGUGAUUUACACAGUGUUUUGUGUAUAAUGAGUAUGGGCAUAAUCAUUAAUUAAAAAUCUCUAGAUGAUGAAUAAUUAUUAAAAUUGAUGUAUUUUUCUGUAAAGUUUUAAAACAUAAAAAUACAUUCCAAACUAUGUACACAAUGUGAACUGUUCAAAUAACAUUUUGGUGACAAAGUAAAUAUUUGAAUACAGUGUAAAUCAAGCUGUCCCCUAUUAAAUACAGCAUUUAUAUAAAUACCAUUUAUUUUUGAUUAACAAGAAAAGUCAGAUGUUGUAGCACUAGUAGUUUUGAUUGUCAUUUUUGGUGAUUUUAAUUUUUGCUCCUUAAUGUUAACCUUAUCUUGUCCGUCCAAUGCACAGAGCUAAGUGUUUGUAAAUAUAAUAAUGCUUAAUUUCUUGUAAGUAUUUAUACUUUCAUUCGUUGUUAUGAAUCAUGUUCAUAUUAUUGAUAUACACAUUAUUGUUUAAGAUUUAUAACUUUAAAUAAAAUAUUCUUCAACCUUG